UCCAAAAUGAGUACGGUCAUACCCAGGUCAAGGGCAACGGGAUACCACCAACCACACGUUAAAACAAACUAUUUUAUAACUUGGACGGCGGGAAGAAUCGCAUUAACCAGCGUCUCGCCUACACUGCUCUUGACGAUGCUUUUCCUUGUAAUCGCUAAUUUAUCUUGCGUACACACGUCCACUACUUCAAGGGCAAGUAACUCUUCCGUGCACACGCCCACUACUUCCAGGGCAGGUAACUCUUCCGUACAGACAUCCACUGCUCCAAGGCGAACAAAUACGAGUUUUCAAAGUUUCGUAUCUUCUACUUCACCAGCCCAUGGAAACAUAAGUUACGGUAGCCAUCAAACGAACGGUUACACUACCAUGGUAUCUAACUGCAAAACGCCAAAUAUAAACGGAGGGAUGGCAUUGUCUUCUGAUGCCGGAAAAACUGUCGUCAUUUCCUGUUUUUCUGGAUUCAGUCUGCAAGGAACCAAUGCUCUACAUUGUGUGAAUGGAUCAUGGGAUGCCCCGAUCCCGACGUGCUCCAGAGAAAGUUUUUCGAAAUCAGAUCUACAUAACCAAAUCAAAGUCAACAACGCUGAAACCCCGGCAUGGUUUCUCUGGACGCUAUGUGCUGUUUUCGGGCUCAUUGGGCUGUUGAUCCUUUGUUGUGCCCUGUAUGUCUGUUUGCGCAUGUGCGGGUGCACACCAGAACCAAUUCUGGGCCGAGUUCACCCAUCAGAAUUUCCUACUAGACAUGUGUGUUGUGCAUGCUGUCAAAGAAGAAUUGUCCAUGAGUCAGGCCAGACACCACCUCAUAAAGACAUCAUCAGCCGAGAAUCCUCAGAUCGGACCGGAAGUCCCAAGACCAAGAGGAAGCUGGUCGUUAAAGUUAAAAAGAAACAAAGAGCGAAGAAUGUGUUGACUUGGUUACCACACAAGUGCCCUGUCCGGAACAUCAACACCAGUACAAAGUGAAAGUCGGUAGAAACCAGUGCAAAGUGAAAGUCAGACACUCUUAAUCAUUAAAAAACACACAUUGUUUUAAUAUUUCUUUUUAAUUCUUUUGUUUCUUUUUGUCAGUGUUUUAUAGUUUCCUCACGUACAUGAAUGUUUCAAAUUACAUUUACAUCAUCUGCAAACUAUGAUACAAAAUUCCACAAUAAGUUAAUCCAUGAGAUAUAUACAAGCUAGGUGAUUACUGUGAAUUUGCAAGUAAAGAUCAGGCAACUGAGAGAAAUUAGAAAUUGGUACAUGCAUUAUUAUGAAUCACAUGUUUUCUUGUGAUUUUGUUUUUAAGCUGGAAAUUGUAUACGAGUUAUGCAUAAACGUGAU